CGCGCAUGAAUAGGAGAGUACUGCGGUCGAAACAGCUGGGUUGAGAGUCGCUGUACAUAUUUUCAGUGUCUCCUCGACAUUUGGUGAAACUUUAUGUCGUUUCCGGCCAAGCAAACUCUUCCUUUCCUCGCUACUGUGGCCCAACAAGUUGGAAACCAGACACUGGAAGACUGUACACGAGGUCUAGAGGAUCAGUCCAGAGGCGCGUUGCUCCGUCCAUGAUCGGCUUUGGACAUCGUCAAGUAUCCAGCGGGAAUCCGCAAACUUUCGCAAGGCCCCCCACCCAGCACCUCCUGCCGCCUGCUCAAUGUGCAAGGCCCCCUAACCACCCCGUUAAUUACCUACCGCAGCCCCACUUCGUGGUGCCAACGUGCGCUGCCAUGGAGCCGCGAAUCCCCCUAACGUACACCCGCCCCUUUCGUCCCGUGACCUACCAACCCUUUGUCAUGCCUGUGCAGCACCCCCCUCCAAACCGCUACCCCCCUCCCAUGCAGCAGCAGCAACAGAGUUAUCCCCCCCAGUCUGGCCAGUUCGUACCCCCCUCCAGUGUACCACCCCCUGCUUCAUACCAGCCUCAGCAGUACCCCAAAGCUUCAGCCUAUGCUAAGUCCCAGCCCCAGUACCCCAACACUUCUAACCAGCAGUACCCCAACACUUCUAACCAGCAGUACCCCAACACUUCUAGCCAGCAGUACCCCAACACUUCUAACCAGCAGUACCCCAACACUUCUAACCAGCAGUACCCCAACACUUCUAACCAGCAGUACCACAACACGUCUGCUUACGCUGAACCUGACCGUACUAACGGACAGACUGUAGCUAACUGGGCUGGCUGGCAGGGCGAGGGGUGGGAAAUAACAGAGCUGAGGAGAAGUCUGUACAGAGAGUUUGGGACCCUGUUGACCGUCCAUGGUCCCCUUGGUGAGAGGGACCAGCCUGUGUUAGGACUGUUCAUGGGGAUGCCAACAGAGGCUAGGCAGCUCAUUAAGGAGUGUGGUGGAGUGAAGGCCUUCCUGCUCCAGAGCCGGAUGUUCCAUGAGGAUGGGGGGAAGAUUUUCCUGUUGGACAAUCCGCCACCCCCGCCCAUGCAGGUGGUUUCCUCUACAGACAGUGGGCAGGGAAGCUGGGAGGGGAAUAGAGUCUCCUCCAGGCCUGCCAGUGGCAUCAACCCCAACGCUGUGGAGUUUGUUCCCAGUGAGUGCUCCUUCAGCGAGGCUAGCUCUGACGACGUGUUCGUGGAAGGUUCAGAAGAGACGGGUAAAAUGAACUUUCAAGAGAAGUACAAGAUCUGUUAG